AUUUAAAAUGUGAAAUUUAUAUGAAAAUUCAACGAUGUAACAAACGAGUUUAUAUUUGUCAAAAUGUUAUUAAGGGGUCGCGACGUGUCUUAGUCGCGUUCCAGAAUCGAAAAGCGACGGAUCAUCGAUCCAGUCAUUAAGAGAACAUAAAAAAUAAUAAUAAUUAUCAAAUUGAUUGAGAAAAUAUAUAAUCUAUUAAAGAAAAAGUAGAAUAAAAAAAAAAUUUUAUUGUAAAAGUAAUUCGCGCAAAAGCGAAUUACAGAUUAAAUAAAUAAAAAAAAAAAAAAAAAAAAUUAAAGCAGAAUAAUUCAACAGUCAUCCUGGACAAUUUCGUUGACAAUCAAGAGUCGUCCCUGAGGGCGCACCAGCAUUCAGACCAACAAGAUUAUAAUUUUCCAUCAGCACAAAUAUAUAAUUUACAACCAAUAAUAACAACCCGUUUAAGUCCAUCACGAAAAAUGUUGGACAUAUUUCGUGGCCUAAAGAGCCUUAUUAAAAUAUCACAUAUACAUAUUGAUACACCAGUAUUUCGUUUACAUUACAGUUUAACUGUUAUUUUGCUAAUAGCAUUUUCAUUAAUUGUCACAACAAGACAAUAUGUUGGUAAUCCAAUUGAUUGUAUACAUAGUAAAGAUUUACCAGAAGAUGUAUUAAAUACAUAUUGUUGGAUACACAGUACAUAUACAAUAACAUCAGCAUAUAGAAAAAAAGAAGGUUCUGAAGUACCAUUUCCUGGUAUUGCUAAUUCAAAAUUAUAUCCAGAAAGUGAAAAAAAAACUGUUGGUUAUUAUCAAUGGGUGUGUUUUUGUCUUUUUUUUCAGGCAAUAUUAUUUUAUACACCAAGAUGGUUAUGGAAAGGCUGGGAAGGCGGAAAGAUUCACGCCCUGAUGAUGGAUCUAGACAUUGGUCUUUGUUCAGAGGUAGAAAAAAAACAAAAGAAAAAAAUGCUACUCGAUUAUCUGUGGGAAAAUCUAUGCUACCACAACUGGUGGGCUUACAGAUAUUAUCUCUGCGAAGUACUUGCUUUUUUGAAUGUCGUUGGACAGAUGUUUUUAAUGAAUCGUUUUUUCGAUGGUGCAUUUUUAACAUUUGGCAUAGAUGUACUAAGAUUUCUCGAGUCAGAUCAAGAAGAUCGUAUCGAUCCAAUGAUCUAUGUUUUUCCAAGAAUGACCAAAUGUACAUUUUACAAAUAUGGAGUAAGUGGAGAAGUUGAAAGACACGAUGCUGUCUGCAUACUUCCUCUCAAUGUUGUCAACGAAAAAAUUUAUGUAUUUCUUUGGUUUUGGUUUUUAUUUCUUGGUAUACUAAGUCUCCUCACAGUUUUAUACAGAAUUGUUAUAAUAUUUUCACCACGAACAAGAGUAUACUUGUUGAGAUUUAGAUUUCGAUUGGUAAAAAGAGAAGCAGUUGAGACAAUUGUUAGAAGAAGUAAAGUUGGUGAUUGGUUUCUUCUUUAUAUGCUUGGUGAAAAUUUGGAUACAAUUAUUUAUCGAGAUGUUAUGCAUGAAUUAGCACAUAAACUAUCAACAAGACAUCAUCGUGGUGUUUCUGGUAUGAAAGGAGAUCUUCAAGAAGCUUGAUACAGGUAUUAACAACGGUUUGACGUAUUUUAAUAAAAAAACAAAUCAAGUUAUUUCAGAAUACAAGAUAAGAACAAUAAGUGGUGACCUUGCGAGAGUGAAAUAAUAUAAAAUAAAGAAAUAUUGUUAAAGCCAGUGGUGACGUUGGUGAACUUGCAGCAUUCUAAACUGAAUGCGAAAUAAGAAAAUAAAUAUAAAAAAUACACAAAGUAAAAGCAAAAUGAAACGGGUUUAAAAGACAUUCUCAACGACCAUUGCCUUUGAGUUUAUACUCGAAAUAAUUUAAAUUGAUUGUUACAACUUUUAUAUAUUAUUAUUAUUAUAAUAAAUAUAUAUAUGAUUUUUUUUUUUGUUUAUAUACAAGUGCCAAAGUAAAAGACGAGACUUUCAUAAAAAAAAAUAGAUUAGAAUAUAAAUAAUUUGAUAAAAAGUGCAUCGAGAAUGAAAAAAGUUACCAACGAAAGACUUGAAAGAAUAUAUUUUUUUUUUUUCGAAAUAAUAAUAGCAUCUGAUUAUAGUAAAAAGUAUUUAAUUUUUAAGUAAAAUUCUAUUCAUAAAAUCUAGUCAUUUUUUUAGUAGAAAAUCGAGUCGUCAUUCAGAAAUUAUUU